AGACGCUAGGGAGCAGCAGCGCGCCGCGUGACCGAAAAGUAUACAUGGUCGCGUCCUGAUGACGUCAGACACGCCGCAAUAUGGUGGACGCUCCGAUAUUGUUGAUGAAAGAUGGACGCUAACAGAAGAUAAAGCUCCAGAACAAUAACAGAGAGGCUUUCUCACUUUCUGGUCCCUCUUCUUUUCAAACUAAUAUUUUUGCAGUGAUGGCUUCAGAGGAUGAAAUCAACCUGCUGGUCAUCGUCGUGGAUGUGAAUCCGAUAUGGUGGGGACAGCAAGCUCAGCGUGAGCCAGAGUUCACCCUUUCAAAGUGUCUGGAUGCAGUCUUGGUGUUGGGGAACUCCCACAUGGCCAUGACCAGGACAAACAAGCUGGCUGUCAUCGCUAGUCACUGUCAAGACAGUCACUUCCUGUAUCCCAACAAAAACUGGAGAGGUGGGGACAACGGUGGAGAAGAUGCGUCCUCCAGCGGGGAUGGAAAAUAUGAACUCCUGUCAGUUGCCAAUAACUUCAUCGCCGAAGAAAUCCGGAAUGUUAUGACGAAAACUGAAGUGAGGGGAAAUUCAACUGAGACUCUGUUGGCCGGAUCACUUGCCAAAGCUCUCUGCUAUAUUCACAGGGUCUCCAAAGAGGUGGAAGUUGGACAGGAGAUAAAGUCAAGAAUAUUGGUGGUAAAAGCAGCUGAGGACUGUGCCCGCCAGUACAUGAACUUCAUGAAUGUUAUUUUUGCAGCCCAGAAGCAGAACAUCCUGAUAGAUGCCUGCGUGUUGGACUCUGACUCAGGUCUUCUUCAGCAGGCCUGUGAUAUAACUGGAGGAUUGUACCUCAAGAUACCACAGAAAAUUGCCCUGGCUCAAUACCUUCUGUGGGUGUUCCUGCCAGACUCUGAGCAGCGUUCGCAGCUGGUGCUGCCACCGCCUGCACACGUGGACUACAGAGCUGCAUGUUUCUGCCACCGUAAUCUCAUUGAGAUCGGUUAUGUGUGCUCAGUUUGUCUGUCAAUAUUCUGCAACUUCAGCCCCAUCUGUACAACCUGCGAGACUGCCUUCAAAAUCCAGCUGCCGCAGAUGGUCAAGCCCAAGAAGAAGAAACUCAAGCAGUCUACAUGAUUUUUGUACUUAUGUGAUAUAUUUUGUUAGUUUCCUUUUUGAUAUUCAAUUAUACCAUUUUGUUUGGUAUAGAUUUGUAACAGACAUCAUUGAUAUCCUGGAAAUGUCUUGGAGACAGUCAGGCCAUAUGAACAUAAUGACUCAGCAUUUCUCAAAAUAAUCCUUGAGUAUUAAAGUUUGAAGUUCACCUCAACUCUUCCUGACAAAUGUUGGAUAUUAAAUAUAGAUGCAAAUAUUUAACAUAUAAAACAGGCAUUCGAAAAUGUGUUCUAUGUAUACAACAUUUGUCAACAGGUCUUAAUUUCACUGAGAUUGGGUUACAGUUCAUAUUAAUAGAAACAAUUGGCACACAACAACUUUUGGCAUUUCAUUGUGUUGGGAAAGGUUUAUCCACUCAGGUGUAAAUGUAGUAACUUUUUUAAUAAAAAUGUUUGUCACA